AUGGCCCAAUGUGAGACUAUCCCCAACACUCGCAUCUACCAGGGUGUCAAGAAAGGAUUUCGUCUAGCGGUUAACGCAAGUCUCUCUGACGGUCCUCAUGAUGGUACUUGUGUCAUCUCUGUGCCCGUCCUCACUAAGGAAUUUAUGGCGAACCUUCCUUCCGACAACUUCAAAGUCGAGAUGCAACUCCGAGUUGUAGAGAAACAAGAGGAUACCCAUGAGUACAAUCCUGUCAAGCUUCGAACGGCCGGUUCGGAGUCGCCGGAGCGCGCUAACAUUAUUUUGCCUGGCAACAUGAAACUGUCCUCUCAGGAGCUUGAUCCCAGUUUUUAUAUCAUUUUGGAGGAAGUCAUUGUCAGAUGUUCAUCCGCUGAGCCUUCUCGGCUUGUACGAAUGAAGUUGACCUAA